AUGAAAGAAGCCGAAGGCCAGCUUGCGAGAUGGCAGGAAUUACUGCAGGAAUUCGAUUUCACUUGUCAAUAUCGACCAGGCCACCAACACGCCAACGCGGACGCCCUUUCUCGCCGCCCAGGUGACGCCGGCACAGCAGACCCAGAAGUAACGGACGAACACAUAGCGGCGGUUACAAUCAGCGAACCCACUCGUUAUCAUUGGGCAUUUGCACAAAGUACCGAUCCGGACACCGCAAUAAUUUACGACCACCAGUUGCAUGGUCGACACAGACCAACAGAGGUCGAACUUCGCGGCUCCUCGGAGAAUGCCCGCCUCUUGUGCCACCAAUGGGCCACCCUGUUCGUUGAGAAUGAACUGCUCUUCUUUAAAGACGCAGCAUCCACCCAUCCGCGGCUAGCUAUUCCGAGUAGCCUCGUCAUACCUGUCCUCACAGACUAAUACCACGAGUUGGGACAUGUAGGAGUGACUAAAACGGAAGCGGCUGCUAGGCAGCGCUUCUGGUGGCCCCGCCUCAGAGAGCAAGUCGCCAACUUCUGUAACGCGUGCCCCACCUGUGCCUCCUUUAAGGGCACUAUCCCUCGAAAUCGCGCACCCCUACAGCCUAUGAUUACAGGCUUUCCUUUUCAGCGGGUGGGCGUAGACAUAGUCGGCCCGUUGCCUUACACAACUUCCGGCCAUCGCUACAUCUUAGCGUUGGUAGAUUAUUUUACGAAGUGGGCUGAGGCCAACCCUUACAUCGACAAGAUGCAGCCUCGGUCACCAUCGCGCUGAUAAAGGAAUGAGUCUGUCGAUACGGAGCACCCUUUUCACUUCACUCCGAUUGCGGAGCUAACUUCGAAAGCCACCUUCUACGCGAAGUCUGUGACCUGCUCCUCAUCCAGAAGACUCGAACUUCACCAACCCACCCAAAGGGUAAUGGCCAGGUGGAGCGCACAAACCGGACCAUCAUUAAUAUCCUGAAGGCGUUCGCCGAGGACUACCACCCACACGAUUGGGACGUGAAAUUACCCUUCGCCAUGAUGGCCUACAGAGCUGCCAUUCACUCUUAAACGGGCCACGCCCCAUUCUAUAUGCUGACCGGCCGCCAAUUCCGACUACCGACGGACUCGAACGUCCUCACGCAGCAACCGACGGCCUAUACAACCGACAACUAUGUGAUAGAGCUACAGGAGCUACUAAGACUCACGCACAACCUGGCCCGCACACAACUCCGCAACGCCUACGAAAGACAAUAGACUCAUUUCGACCGACGGGCACACGGGCUUCCCUACCACAUCGGCGAUUUAGUGCUCCGUUAUCGGGCGGUCCCGCCUGUGGGCACACCGGCCAAAUUAUUCCGCCCUUGGGAAGGACUGUUCGUGGUCGCCGACGUCAAUUUCGCCCACUACUUACAUUAUCCGCGACGCCCUCACCCACGCCGGCCCCACUUCCACUGUACACUUCGAUAAGUUAAAACCUUACCACAGCAGUCCCCCCGUAGCGUCCCACGAUACCCUACGCAUUCUCCCUCCCCAUUUAGUCCCCUUGCCUACCAACGAAGUGGAAGCUCCUCACGACCCCCACCCUCCACCAGGCCCCGCGGACGGGGCACUGCCCAGAGGGGGGGGGGCAGUUGUAGCAACACACAUGUACGGUUGUUUUAAUAGACAAGGGCGCUAAGUUCGAGAGCAAGGGUGCCUGGUGUCUGGACACUAUCUGUCUGCUUUCUCUUGUUUUUUUUAGUCGAUAUGCAUGAAGAAGAAGAAGAAGAAGAAGAAGAAGAAGAAAAAGAAGUAGAAGACUCCCCCUCCCCGGUGGCAGCAUCCAACUCCACCUUCCCUGGACAGCUGUGA